AUGAAGACAAUAGCUCGUGGUCUUCUGCCGCAGCAGUUUGGGUUCAAGCAAGGGCAUUCUAAUGAAGUGAAGGAACACAACCGAGCUCUUGUCAUACACCUGAAGCACAAGGCGGCACAUGCUCAUGUCGACCCAACAAGCCCUACCACCCUAUGCCACAAUCCAAUCAUUAUGGAUAUCUUGACCAAGAUGUGGUUUGCGGAUGCCGAAGAUUCUGAUGAUGUCCGCUAUCAGGAGUAUUUUGUCAGAGGACCUUCUUUGGCAAUGAUUGCCCAGGUCCUUACUGUGGUGCAUGUUGAGGACCACUUCUCCUAUGUGCACAGCUGA